AUGAACUAUUACGCCUGCUUAUCCAUCAUGUCUCUCUUAAUUCUCACUCCUUUUGCAAUUGCUGUCGAGGGACCACAGCUGUGGGCAGCAGGGUUUAAAGAAGCCCUGUCUCAUAUUGGACCCCAGAUUGUUUGGUGGAUGGCAGCCCAGAGUGUAUUUUACCACCUAUACAAUCAAGCGUCGUACAUGUCACUGGACGAGAUUUCUCCUUUGACAUUUAGCAUAGGAAACACUAUGAAACGUAUUUCAGUCAUUGUCUCGUCUAUCAUUAUCUUCCGGACACCCGUACAACCUGUUAAUGCUCUUGGAGCUGCUAUUGCGAUUCUUGGAACUUUCUUGUAUUCUCAGGCCAAGCAAUGA